CUUCUUUAUGUCGGAGUAAUAACAAUUAAAAUUUUAUUUUGUUCAUUGAAAAAUCUAAAAUGUUCUUAUCGUCUAAAAAACAUUUUACUUUAAUUAAACCUACGCGUUGAAGGUGUAGUCAAAUCAGUGCGCAAUUAUUUUCAGAAUUAUAGCGUGGUUCCUAGAAAGAAAGAAAAAACAGGUUCAUCAGUAUGGCGGGAGCUGGAGUUUUUUCAAUGGACGAUUUGCUGGAGAAUGAUAUGAACGUGGCUGCAGGGUCCAUUUCAGACGACGACUGCAUAGAGGUAGAGGAGAGUGUAUACGCCAAGGGUCCAAACUUCUCUGCCAUGAACAUGGCAAUUAUAGGUACCCCUGGGGUUGAGGCUCUGGAGCUGAACGGUCAGACCGUCAACUUUGGUAGAACAGGUCCUGCAGCUCCUCAGGAUUUUGAACUGAGGAAAGUGUUGGGUAAAGGAGGUUACGGGAAAGUGUUCCAGGUCCGAAAGUUGACUGGUGAUGAUAAGGGGAAAAUAUUCGCCAUGAAGGUUCUGAAGAAAGCAACCAUAGUUAGGAACUCCAAGGAUACAGCUCACACCAAGGCGGAGAGAAAUAUUCUGGAGGCGGUUAAACAUCCGUUUAUUGUAGAUCUUAUAUACGCCUUCCAGACCAAGGGUAAGCUGUAUUUGAUCCUGGAGUAUCUAAGUGGUGGAGAACUAUUUAUGCAGCUGGAGAGAGAUGGAAUAUUUAUGGAGGAUACUGCUUGCUUCUACGUUUCAGAGAUUACACUAGCUCUAGAACAUCUUCAUAGACAGGUGGCAAUUUUUCAUCAUAUAACGCCAUUAAAAAGUGUCACACGUCGUGGAGUCUUAACCAGAGUUUUUACUUUCCUUAAUUCUGAUAUUAAAGAUUCUGAAUUUUAGGUGACGCACACUUUCUGUGGAACUAUAGAGUAUAUGGCUCCAGAAAUAUUAACCAGACUUGGACACGGAAAGGCUGUGGACUGGUGGAGUCUAGGUGCUCUAAUGUAUGACAUGUUGACCGGUGCUCCGCCCUUUACUGCUGAGAACAGGAAGAAAACCAUUGAGAAAAUUUUGAAAGGAAAAUUGAAUCUUCCUCCUUACCUCACACCGGAUGCAAGGGAUCUUAUCAGGAAGCUGCUAAAGCGUCAGAUUAGUCAAAGGUUAGGUUCCGGACCCGCAGAUGCAGAUCCUAUUAAGGCACAUCCAUUCUUCAAACAUAUUAGAUGGGCGGACGUGAUCUCGAGGAAACUAGACCCUCCUUCAAAGCCUGUAUUGACCGGUGAUGAUGAUACCUCGCAGUUUGAUUCAAACUUCACCAAACAGACUCCAGUGGAUUCCCCCUGCGGGACAAGCCUUUCCGAGUCAGUUAAUCUAGUCUUCCAGGGAUUCACCUACGUGGCCCCGUCUGUUCUAGAGGAUAUUCAGAGGAAUGAUUUCAGACCCAGGUCGGUCAGGCGACCCAGGAUUCUAUCUGAAAGACCAUUGGCUGGAAGUUACAGAGCAGGAGUAGUUGGUCCAGGACAGACUGCCCCCGCCAUGGGGUUCAACCCUCUAGUAGAGUGUAUGGAGAUGGGAGAAGAACAAAUGGAUCUGUAAGAGGCUGGUUGACAGAUGGAAGAUGGAUGGCUUAGAUUUUUUAUGAUAAUUAAUUCAUUCAUUAGAUUAAUUAUUAUUAUCAUUAUUCAAUCUGUUAUUCUCACAUAAAUAGAUAGAUUUAAAUUUUUCGUUUAAACUCCUCAUGGCGAGAUAUGUUCCUCCGUUUUCUGCUCUAUCUUUCAUCGUACGCAAUAUUUCCCAGUAUAGUGUAAACACGGUUAAACCUCUUAAUGUGUAUUUGCACAUAGUUGUAAUUGUACAUGUUGUUGAUAUGUAUGUACACAAUGUACGUUUUGUACAGUUGCGAAGUGUACACAAUUGUUAAAUGUGUUCAUUUUCCGGUUUUGUCACCGUACUGUACUGUACUCUACCUUACUGUACAGUGAGUACACCAUACUACCCUAACUCAAUGUACCAAUAUAUAAUUACCAACAAAAAGAUGGCAAAUUAAUGGAAUAUGAAAUAUUUCUAUUCUUUUGCUCCAUCUAUGCAAAUUAAAGGCUUUUACUCUCAAAUAUCCUGACCGCGUCGACAAGUGCCUUCUUUGUGAAUUAUUAUUCAGGAUUUUCCCAAUUCAAGUAUCCGUUCAUUGUACAUUGUUAUAUUAUAUACAUUCAUUGUAUUAUUGUACAUGCAACCAUUUUUGUUAUUUUUUAAUUUUUUAAUGUAAAUACUGUGAAUUUUUGUAUGGGGAAUAAAGUUUUCUAAAGAAAA